GAAGGUGAAAAUGAGAGAAGUUUUUGAUAUCAUAUUAUACUGACGUCAUUCAAUUAUUUGGUUUGAACUCUUUGACUGUAUUUGGUUUGAACUAUUUGACUGUAUUUGGUUUGAACUCUGACAAGCCCUGAUAAGACCUGAAGUCACAGUGACUAAACUUGGGGUCAAAAUGAGACUGUAUUGUUUGAUCCCACGGACAGUCCCCAUUUGCCCUAAUUUGAAAAGAACCAAAUUGUAUUUGAACAAAGACUACCCUGACAGAUGGGUAUGGUUAUUCAGUGCAGCCUGUGAAGUUUGCAAUAAGUAUAUCCAUAGUUUUGCUCUUUUUCUAAAAUAAAUUAAAUGUUUAGUGUAACUACCGUUUUGCAGACCCUAUUUCAAAUAUGUGAACAAAGUUGUCCCUGUUCAGCUUAACAAAUUCAAUUAUUACCGGUCUGGGUUAUUGGUUCGGAGUUUUAUUUGGUAUGCAAAAUUUGCGGGAAAUAGCCAGUAACUGUGCAACUUCAACUUUGAACCAAAUGGUUUUGCACAAUUAGGUUGGGUUGGCUGCAAGUAGAAUUCAUUGGUUUAUUGGAGGGUUUUAUUCGAUCAAACUUGUGACUAAAAUGCAAAGAACCCAAUGGGUUGUCAAACUCUUAAUGUCGAUCAAUCCACUUUAUUCCAAUUAUCAUUCUGUGUUUGUUUCUACUAAUUGAUCUGAUUAUAAUUUCAUCAGUGGACGAUCAAUGCAAUCUCCGAGCGGUUUUUAUUUGGUCACCUUGCAUUUUGGGUCUUUAUAGUGGUCAUAGUAAGUUUAUAUAACAUUACAUGUAUUUAAAUAUUAGCUGCAGAUAAAUAGGUAGUUGGUUUGAAGUUCACUCGUUCUUUGAUCUGUCUUUGCAUACCUUUGCUGCUACUAUCGCUUCGCUUUAGAACGUUCGGACACCUGACAGGACCUUUCACUUUGCCCAAAGACAUUCAACGCUCUUUUGACUGACAAUCCCUUCAAUUUAGAUUCAGAAAAGAUUCGUUGAAAUAAAAGGCUCUUCGUGAAAACAAUUUUUGAAGUGAAAAAAUUUGUAUGAUAGUGAAACUUACUCAAUCUUCAAUCAUAUUUGUGCUAAUGUGUUGAUCUGUUUGAAACAAGUCUUGGCAGGUGGCCAAAUAGCUCUGGUAUAGUGGUGCUUUAUAACGUUACUUCUAUCAAUUUGUGCUGCUUAUAUUUAUUCGACUGAGCGUUUAUUCGCACUAAACUAAACAAUUAAAACAAACAUCAGAUUACCAGCUGACGAAAAUGCAAGACGACGUCUGUUUUUCGAUCCAGUUUCAAGCCAUCAACUUACCACAUCUUGACCAGGUAGGCUCCAUUGACCCUUACGUGUCAAUAGAAAACAACGAAAGUGACAAUGUGGCCAGGACACGAUUUGUCAGCAACAAUGCCAAUCCCACGUGGCCGAAGGUAAAAGUACCUCUGGACCGAUUGACAUUCGCACUGAGUCGAGAGAAAUCCGACCAUCUGAAGGUUGUGCUGAACGUUCACAACUACAAUAUUGUCCGCUCGAAUGAAUAUGUGGGCAGUGUUUGUAUAGAAGUGGGCGACUUGUACGAUAUCUACGAGAGUAAGGAACCGAGAGCGUGGGUUCUGGACGAUCAAGACAACCAAGAAUGCAUGCUUUUCAUCAACAAAGUGAACAUGGUGAGAAACACUCUACACCUGGAAACUAUAGCAGAUAUCUCAGUUGACUACCAUGCUGACAAGCUGGCUCAGAAGUUGUACCAGAAACUAGUCAAAGAAAAGGAAAUUCACCUGAUAGUGAAGUUCAGUGCUAUUGGCUUGAAAAAUACAGAUCUCAUCGGCCAAUCCGAUCCUUAUUUGGAAGUCUGGACGCUCAAACCACAACUUUUGAGAAAAACAGAAUGGCUUAGGAACAAUUUGAACCCGAGUUGGAAGGUUUUUAGCAUCACGCAAAGAACGUUUGCGCCAGACUGGAAGUUCCAAAACCUGGUGUUCAAGGUUUUUGACCGUGACCUUAUCGGCAAGAAUGAUUUGAUUGGUCAAGCAGAAUGCAGCAGUAAGACUCUUUUGUGUGCUGCAUUGCAGAAAAAGUCUCUCGUUUGGCGACUUUACGAGUUGUCAGUUACUGAGAACUCAGCUAAGGGAAACCCUGCUCAAGAGCUGACCGGAAGAUUGAAAUUGGAUUUUGCAUUUGCUAAUAAAGAUUUAGGUAAAAUCGAUCAAAUUAAACAUCUAUCCGAUGAGUCAGUUUUGUACCGUUCAAUUGAAGAUCGUGAAUCUAUUCGGUCCUCAGUGGGCGCUAUCGACAUCGAUUCAAUCUCAAUUGGGAGUAACAAAAUCGAGGAGGAUGACAAACUUGCGAAAUUGGACCAGUUGUCAGCGCUCAACUUCCCACAGACUAGAGGUCCAACUGGCACGACUAGAAGUGGAAGUGUUGCUGUAACGACUGUGCAGAAAAAAACCAAGUCGUUGGUAGGAGGGAGACGAGGAAGUGAAAUGCCGUCAUUGGAAGACGAGCUUGGGGCCUCGACUAGCUCGACUGAGUCUGACGAGAUAAAACUUGAAGAAAAGCCUGUUGUUGAUAAGGCAUCCGAAAAACCAAACAAUGGGGAUCAGGAGGAGUUGGAACCAGAACGCGUUGUUGUUCCCAACGAAAGGAAGACAAGCAAAAGUGUGAGAAUGUCCGUCGAGUUAAUUAAGAAAAUCAGCGUUACCACAGUCGAGUAUACUGAAACUCGAAGCGAACAAAAUGACGAGCAAAAAGAUUUGCCAGGAUUUGAGAAAGAUAAAGAAGAACUGAUGAUCCGAUUGUCGCAAGUCGGAAGCAUCGCGGAGGAAAGUGGCGAUGAAAACGAACAAGCUGAUGAAAAUGUUCAGAGUGAGAGCGCACCUGGAUUGAGACUCGAACCAGUGGAUGGUGACGACAGACGUAGGAAAAUUUCGAUAUCUCCCAGCCGAUCUGCCGAUGUAUCGCCCAGCAGAAGUGCAAACCACGUCAUCAUCGUCAAAGACGAAGGCGAGUGUGAGACUUCUGGCUUUGAGGAUGGGUCGAUCAACCGAGAUUCCAAUUCGAGUCACCAGCUUGCAAUUGCAACCGAAGAAAGCUCUGAUCAAAAUGCUGCUGCGAAAGUGCAACAGGAAACAGAUUCGAAUCAAUUUUCUCCUGGUGGCAUGAGCUCCAAUGAAGACUGCCCAGCAAAAGUCUCUCCAACCAAUAGCUCAAACGAGAAUGAAGCUGGAUCAAUUAACCCGAAAGACUCUAUAUCUGAUGAGAAACUGCGGGAUCAAAACCAUUCGGAAUCUCGCAAAGAUAGCGAUAAACCAGAGGAUGCAAAAGAACAAGAAAAUGUCGAAGUUAAAUUGAACCGAGAUGAAACAGUUGAAGUGGAGGACGAAGUUGAAAUGGUCGAGAAGGCGGAAACUGAAAUAGAAUCAACUCCUAAUUUUUCAUUUUUAUCAGAUUUGGAAAAUAAAGCUAAAGAGGACGAGGAAGCUAUUAAUGGCAGUAAAGACCCUGAAGUUAUUUCUGCUGCCGAAAAUCGAGGUAAUGGUGAGACAGGCCCUAUUGUGGAAAGCACCGUGGACUCAAACGAAAACGAUCAAGCCAGUCCGGAGCCAAAGUUGGAAACAUCUAUAGAGGCCACUGGACGGCGUUUUGAGGCCAGUCUCGGAUUAGAAGAAAGCGUUAGUAUAGUUCAUAGAGCAGAAUCUGUCGAAGAAAUUAACGAAUCCGUUAGAUUUGCGUCCAAGAUGCGUUAUGCCUCGGAUGUUGAUGAGAAUGACGAACGAGAGUCUGACGAAAAGCCAGACGAAGAUAUUUCCGAUGAUCAGGAGGAAAAAGACCUGGAUCGUUCUGACAAGAACGAUUUGUCACGGGAUGAUAACAACGCGCACCAAGAGAGCAACCUGGAUCAACCUUCUCCACAAGGUACUACUUAUGAUUCUCAUGAAGCUGAACUGAUAGCUGUGAAAGAAUUAGUCGAAAAGAUGGACGCGUCUUUUGCUGAUUUCCCGCCGCCUAUAUCGAGCUCAUUGCAUCAGCCAUCGCCAGAUAAAGGCGAAAAUAAUCGAAGUGACGAACUGGAAUCGCGUGAAGUAGAAGAUAACCUUCAGCUAGAUGGUGAGGCAUCUGAAAAGUCAGCUGAUGUUCUUGGAAAAAGCAACGAAAAUAAUGAGUGUGUCGAAUCAGAUCAUUCAAAUGAGAACGAAGCUGCAACUUCUAAUCAAGACAAUGAGAAGCAUGAAACUCCCACAAUGGCUGGAAAAGAUUCGAUUGCGAAUGAAGCAAACUACUUCGAACAAGAUUUUGGUUCCCAGACAUCGAAGUCUACGAAUAGCUCAAAUGAAGACACUGAAAACUGUGCUAGUAUUAAGUUUGAGCCGAGUUCGCCUACUUCAUCUAUUGCGCCCGAAGUUGGUUCAGUUGCAGGUAGGGACACCCCACUGAUACAAAGCGCUGACUUCGAAAAUUCCUGCAGCCAUGACGAUACAGGGUACCAAAGUAGAAAGAAGCUAAGUUUUGACAUAUCCCUAGAGGAUACUGAGGUUUCAGAAGACGAGGUUCCUUCGAAACAUCAAGAAGAAGUUCAGUUCGCUCCAUCAGGUUUUGACAAUGAAGAAACCUCCUCGCUGAAUAAUCACGACGCAAAUUUGCAUGAUUCCCCUACAAUCGUGGAUCCUCUUAAUGCGAUAACUGACAAUGAAACAAGCGCAAUUCCGCAAGGAAAACCGGAAAAACCUGUCGUUAACGAUGAAGGAAAUGCAUCACCUAGUACCGCAGAAGUUGACGAUGAAGUCGACUCAGCGUAUGUCAAACAAGAAAACACCGUUGAAAAGAACCUUUCAGUCCAUAAUUUUUUCGAUGAAAUUGACCGCGGAUAUGCAGAAACUGAUGCCCUAAAAGAUAAUAGCAAGAAGUCUGGACCAAAUGAAGUGUCAAAACCGGAUCAAAAUAGGGAAGACAGCGACGAAGAGGAAAUAGGCGAGGAUUGCAUUGGCGCACAAGAUGCAUUACGGGAGGAAUCCAGAUUAUUUCCAACCUUCUCAGAUUUAGAUCCAGAGCCUGAAAAGGUAGUUCAUGAAAGAACCGAUGCUUUUUCGACUGGAAAAGAACUUACAGAAAAACCAACGGAUGGCGAUAUUUCAUUAUCAAAUUCGGAACCCAAUGCUCAUUACGAAGAGUUAAGUUCAGAACUGGAGCGAAGCAUUGAAAGUGACAUUGAGAAGAAAUCUGCUCAAUCAGAAGAUUUGGUUCAUGAAAAGCAAACUGAAGAACCGCAGACAGCGAAUGAUCAAGAUGAUUCUAAGAACCAAAGCGUAGACCUUCUAAACUCUUCACUCGAUGAAAUAUUUCUUGAUUCCAAAAAUCAAAAGCGCGGCAGCGAUGAUGUGACUAAAAUCAGUGUUUCUAUUAACGUCGACGUUUCCAGGAGCCGACCUAGUUCUCCUCAAGAUCCCACACCGUAUGUCCAAAAAGCGAGUCUAAGCAGUAGUAUGGUAACUGAAGUCUCCAGCCCACCUGGAAAGUUAGAACCAUUCAGUAAAUAUACCGCCAACUUCAGUUUCAACAAAGAUGUGUUUGAUGACUCUCCGCUGAGUGAACCCGUUUUGGAGCAUAAAAUCUUGCUGGAAAACGGCUCAAAGCUCAACUAUGCGAGCCCAAAAAUAGGAGAGUUCAAAUCGGAGUCGAAUGGAUCUAGGAACAGAAAACGCGACAAAAGUAGCGUAACUUUUGCCGAAGGUAGUAAAGACGACGAUGAUUCUAAUACACGAACUCCGACUUACUGGAUUGUAAUCAUGGCCUGCAUCGCUACAUUCGGAUUUACAACCCUUGUUUUAUCUAGACUCAGAUCAUCUCAAUCUUGAAUCAUUAAACUAUUAUGAAUUUUCAUGUUUUAAUAAUUAGAUUUUUUUGUUAUGAAUAUUAAAAAUUGCUAAGUAUUUUCAGAUU